AUGACUACAGCACAUCGACCUACUUUUGACCCAGCACGAGGCAAGUCCAAUACCCAGGCCGCUGGGUCCAUCUCACAUACCCGGUCCCUCCCGUCUCACACCAAGCUCAAGUACAGAUAUGCUCGGAUUAGUACAAACACAGAUGCCAUGAGAAAGACUCUGUUGGAGAAUGAGGGGGGACUCAAGCAGGCCGCCACGAAGCUAGUUGCUGAGCAGCAGCAGGCAGAAACUCAGGUUCAAGACUCUGAGAAAGAACUUUCCGAUGAAGUGAAGGCCAAGAUCAUUGAGGAGAACCGAGAUGACGAUGACUCUGGGUCUGACGAUGAGGAGUCCGAUUCAGACGACUCGGACUCAGACUCAGAUGACGAAGACGAGCUGCUUAGAAUCGAACUCGAGCGAAUCAAGCAGGAACGAGCACAGGCGAAGGCUCGAGAAGAGGAACGGCUAGCUUUGGAGGAAGCAAAGGCCCGGGAGGAGCAGGUGGCAUUUGGAAACCCUCUCAUGAAUCCCGUAGCCAUCAAGCGAAAGUGGAACGAGGAUGUGGUGUUCCGAAACCAAACCAAACAGGCCCGGAAAGAAGACAGCUAUGUCAACGAUCUCAUUCGAUCAGAUUUCCAUCGAAAGUUCAUGAACCGUUAUGUUCGUUAG